UUGACGCGAUUCCUGGGUCCGGUUACCGGGGGGAGGAGCGUGUAGUCUCGAAGAUACCGGUUUGAAUUUACGAUGGCGGCGGGUAGUGCGGGGAGCGAACGGGGCUCCUCGGUAUGUCAGUGUCAUAGCACCUUACGGCGGUAGAUAGUGAAAACGUGAAUAGUAAGUGUGUAGGAAAAGAGAGACUAAGGCGGCAGGAAGUAUCAACGGAACUGUGCUGGAGGAGUAGCAACAAGCUGCACUGGGACAAACUAAGGGGUCUAAGAGGGAGGGAGGCAGCAGGGCUCCUCGCCUCCUCCCCUCUCAGGAUAAGACUGUUCUUGGGAUUGAGAGAUCAUCUCCAGUUUUGGUUUGGCUUGACAUUGGGGUGCCCCCACCCCAUUUAUCUGGCUCAACUAUGGCUGAUCUGGAGGCGGUUCUGGCUGAUGUCAGCUACCUGAUGGCCCUGGAGAAAAGCAAAGGAACUCCAGCAGCUAGGGCUAGUAAGAAGAUCGUGCUGCCUGAUCCCAGCAUUCGCAGUGUAAUGCAGAAGUAUUUGGAAGAACGAGAUGAGCUAACGUUUGACAAACUCUUCAAUCAAAAACUGGGUUAUUUGCUGUUCAAGGAAUUUUGCCUGUGUCAAGGAGAUGAUACAAAACCACAGAUAGAAUUUUUGGAAGAGAUUAAGAAAUAUGAGAAACUGGAGACCGAGGAAGAGCGUUUGCUGAAGAGUCGUGCAAUUUAUGAUCAUUUUAUAAUGAAAGAAUUGCUGUCAUGUUCACAUACCUUUUCCAAGAGUGCAACAGACCAAGUACAGUCCUACCUCACAAAGAAGCAGGUUCCCCCUGAACUUUUUCAGCCGUACGUUGAAGAAAUUCGAAAGAGUUUAAGUGGGAAUACCUUUCAGAAAUUUAUUGAAAGUGAGAAGUUCACACGCUUCUGUCAGUGGAAAAAUGUGGAACUGAAUAUUCAUUUAACUAUGAAUGAUUUCAGUGUUCACCGGAUCAUUGGCCGUGGUGGUUUUGGAGAGGUGUAUGGCUGCCGCAAAGCUGACACUGGAAAAAUGUAUGCGAUGAAGUGUCUAGAUAAGAAGAGGAUAAAAAUGAAGCAGGGUGAAACAUUGGCACUAAAUGAGCGUAUAAUGCUUUCUCUUGUCAGCACAGGGGACUGCCCUUUUAUCGUUUGUAUGACUUAUUCCUUCCACACACCUGACAAGCUCUGCUUUAUUUUGGACCUCAUGAAUGGUGGAGAUUUGCACUACCAUCUUUCCCAACAUGGUGUCUUCACUGACUCAGAGAUGCGGUUCUAUGCAGCAGAGAUCAUCUUGGGCCUUGAACACAUGCACAAGCGCUUUGUAGUGUACCGGGACCUCAAGCCAGCUAAUAUCCUUCUGGAUGAGCAUGGUCAUGUCAGAAUAUCUGAUCUUGGAUUGGCUUGUGAUUUCUCCAAAAAAAAGCCCCAUGCCAGUGUGGGCACCCAUGGAUAUAUGGCACCUGAAGUAUUACAGAGGGGCACAGCCUAUGGAAGCAGCGCAGACUGGUUCUCCCUUGGCUGCAUGUUGUUCAAACUCCUUCGAGGGCACAGUCCAUUUCGGCAGCACAAGACCAAAGACAAGCACGAGAUUGACAGGAUGACCCUGACAAUGACGGUUGAACUUCCAGAUACGUUUUCCCCAGAGCUGAAAUCAUUGCUUGAAGGGCUACUGCAAAGAGAUGUCAACCGGCGACUUGGAUGUCUUGGACGAGGGGCUUCAGAGGUGAAGGAGCAUCCGUUCUUCCGAGGGAUUGACUGGCAACUUGUCUUCCUCCAAAAGGUGAUUCCACCCCUCCUGCCUCCCAGGAAUUCCCUCGGAUCCGUUGACUCCUUCCCAAUUGGAGCAGGGGAUGAGGAUCACCUACCCGGGCUUAAGCUUUUAGAUAGUGAUCAAGAGCUCUAUCGUAAUUUUCCCUUGGUUAUUUCUGAACGAUGGCAGCAAGAGGUUGCAGAGACUGUUUUUGAUGCUGUCAACACUGACACAGACAGAAUAGAAGCCAGGAAGAAGGCCAAGAAGCAGCUUGGAAAUGAAGAAGAUUAUGCCUUGGGACGAGAUUGCAUAAUGCACGGGUACAUGUCGAAGCUUGGCCUUGGCAAUCCUUUCCUGACCCAAUGGCAGAGGCGCUACUUCUACCUCUUCCCAAACAGGUUGGAGUGGAAAGGCGAAGGAGAAUCACGGCAGAGUCUGCUGACGAUGGAGCAGAUCAAGUGUGUGGACGAGACACAGAUGAAGGACAAAAAGUGUAUACUGCUCAAGAUGACAGAUGGCAAGCAGUUUGUUUUGCAAUGUGACAGUGAUCCUGAAUUUGUACAGUGGAAAAAGGAGUUGAAAGAAGCAUAUAACCAGACACAGCUGUUGAUUGAACGGAUUCCGAAGAUGAAGGAGAAAGUUCGCUCACCCGUCAAUGAGUUAAAUAAGCCAACAAUGGUGCCAAAGAGCAGCAACAGACCCUGACUAACUGGCAUUAAAUGGAUUUCUCUCCAGCUUGAUACUUCUGGCUGUUUGCCUUUACCCCAUCCCCAUAUCAGAGCUGCUUAGCUGGCAUUGUUGAGAGACUAAGCUUUGAUCAUGGGGAGAUGUACAACUGUGUGACUUCUGUUGUCUGUGGACAAAGUGAAGUUUGACUUGGAUUUUUUGGGGUAUGAAACAUACCCAAAAGUAUUCAAAAGACCCAUCAUGCUAUGGGGCUCGUGGAACUGUUGCUUUUUUAACGAAUGUGCACUGCUGUGAUUACUUUCAGGUUUUUUAAUUAUUUUUCUGUUUUGUUAUCUUUUUCUAUUGUUUUUGUUUUCUUUCUUUUGUUUAGAUUAAAAAAACUGAGGGACUGGGUGGGAGGGGAGCAUUGAUGUUUUUGCACUGGAAUGGUACAGAAAAUUUGAGCAGUUUUGGGUCACAGAAGAAACAGUAUUGAUCCCAAACGGUUCAACAUCCAUCAGGCUUUGGUUGUAUUCUUGUCUAAUUUUAAAGCUAGCUUCUAUGCCUCCAUCCUUCUCUUAGCUAGAUUUCUCUUCCCCCAUUUCUCUACAUUUCAUUUCAUGAGAGCCUCUUCGUGUAUGCACCAGGUGAUGUAAAAACUGCUCCAUGCAUUGUUAGCUCUAAAGUGAAGAUGGCUUUCAUUAUAUGCACUUUAUGGUGCACACCAUUUAAUUUAAAGACUUUUUGAAUUCCUGUCUUGCCAUGUGUACAGUGUUGCUUGAACCCCUCUCAAUUCCUGCUUCAGUUUUGGAUCCAUAGCUGGAAGACUGCUGAAUCAGGUAUCUUUACCAGACAUUUUUAAGGGAUCACCACUCCUGAUGCUCUUCAGUAUGACUUUGUUAGCAUGGCAGGUAGUAUUCCAAGCAAGCGAGUGGUGGAAAGAAUCUCCAUUUCAAGAACAAAGUAAAGGCUUUGUCAAAAAAGACAUCACAGAGACUUUUCAGACAGUGUCAAUGCACAUGAUAUAUGAAGUUUAGAUAUUCAACAGAAAGUGGAUGGAAAUGAAUGGUGGGCAUUUACUUGAUACCAAGCAUACCUCAUGUGCAGGCCAAAUGACAGUCCUGUUUUGAUUUGUCAUCCUUCAGCAGCCAGUAUUUGCUAUUUUGAUGUGCCAAUGGACUCAUCACCUUUGUUCUAAAUGUUUUAAAGCUUGCAAACCGAUCACUUCGUAGUGUACGUCUUGGAGGUCUUGAAGCUGCUUUUCACUAUCCCUGGUCUCUUUGAAUGCAACAUUUUAAGUGUCAGACUAUUGCAACAGUAUAGCACUCAAUGACAUCAUUUAUUUGGGGUUGGAAUGUCAUUGAUCAUCCUGGCACUGAAUCCAAAAAUGCCUGAAGUCAUCUGGAGAUAUUAAUGUGUUAUUUUGUUAUUUUACUGUUAUUUAAAAUUAUAUGCUGUGCUUAAGAACUGUAAGGGGGGCAGAAGCUCUUCAUUCAGAAGACAUUUCUGGUUCUGAAGAUGUGAAAUUUUAAUUUGUAUAUGAAAGCCUUUACUCUCUGGACACAUUUUAGAGUCUGUGACACCCUGGUGGUGAUGGUGGUGGUGAUCUGUAUAUUUGUUUCCUCUCCCCACCAUCUGUCUUUGUCACUGGUAGCUUGUAUUUUUUAAUGUUGGUAAUUGAGAGAGUGUGUGCGAGAUAACAUUUUUGAAUUUUAUACAGUCUCAGGAGUUUAAAUGGAGUGCAACUAGAAGUUUAUUUCAGUAUUCCACAGAUGUACAAGUAUCCAGUUAGUGUAUAUGUCAUGCGUCUACACACGUGUACAUAGAUAUCACAAGUAUAUCUGAUUACAUGCAUAGAUAACACUGUGCAUGCACGUGUGUGUGUGUGUGUGUGUGUGUGUGUGUGUGUGUGUGUGUGUGUGUGUGUGUGUAAAAGAAUGUUUAAUAUGUAUAAUACAUACAGUAAGUGUCAACAUAUAACUAGAGAUUUAUUGUUUGCUCAUUCUUAAAUGUUUUUUAUGCCUUCAACUGUCCUUUGAGAGCAAGGUUUGACUUGCCAGUUGUACAGCUAUGGAUUGGCCUUUGAGAAGAUUUGCCUGGUUUUAAUCUUAAAAAAAAAAGAUAUUUUAGUGCUAGGCAGAUGUCCUUCUGUUCAUCUUUUGCAGUAGUCUUUACAUGAGGGAUAUCCCUGCCGUAGGCCACCCAAA